UAAAACCAGUAGAAGAACCAAAAAUAAUAAUAAAACUCAUAAAAAGCUAAAACCAACCACCAUCUUCAUGAUCGAUCCUAUAUAUCUAAGAAACAAAUCGAAGAAGAAGAAGACGAAGAGAGAAUCAAAUUUGGAAAAAAUGAUCAAAGGAGGAGGCAAGUCUUCAGGUUACUCAGCAGAUUUGAUGGUUUGUUUCCCUUCAAGAACACAUUUGUCUUUACCUUCUAAAUCCAUUUCUAGCCCUUCUCAUUCCUUCAACCGCCGUCAAAAUGCUCCGCACCACCGCCGCAGCCACAGUAAGCUCUCAGGAAACGGUGGUGGAGUGCGUCAGAAUCGCGGUGGAGGAAGGGAGAUAGCAGAAGAACCUACGUCUCCUAAAGUCACGUGUGCUGGUCAGAUCAAAGUGCGGCCGAGGAAAGGCGAAGGUGGAACCAAGAAUUGGCAGUCUUUGAUGGCGGAGAUGGAGAAGAUACAUAGAAGCAAGUCUGAGAGUAAGUUCUUUGGGAUCAAGAAAGAUGUCAUGGGGUUCUUGACUUGUCUCCGUGAUCUCAGCUUUGAUUUCCGGUGUUUCGGUGCGUUUCCUCCCGUGGAUGUAAUCUCAGAUGAUGAAGAAGAAGAAGACGAGGAAGAGGAAGAAGAAGAAGAAGAAGAUGAAAGCUCGGGGACAGUUUUCUCGAAAUGGUUUAUGGUUUUACACGAAAAGCAGAACAAUGAAGAGUGUGUUGACGGUAAGGAAAACGCGUUUUCGGAUGUGGAAACCGCGGUUCCACCGCCAAACGCGUUGUUGUUGAUGCGGUGCAGAUCUGCGCCGGUUAAGAAUUGGUUAGAGGAGAAGAAAGCAGAAACAGAGGAAGAUGACAACACUGAGAAACAGAGCGGACAAGAAGAAGAAGAAGGAGAGAAUGAUACGGUGAUAAAGAAGAAGGAUUUGAGAUCAUUGAUGGAGGAAGAGAAGAAGAUGAAUUUGGUUGUGAUGGAUUACGACACAAACUAUUACAAACUCUCAGCAGACAUCGCCAAGGAAACUUGGGUUGUCGGUGGUAGUUUCCAAGAUCCUCUGUUUCGAAGUCGAAGCUGGAAGAAGUGAUCUUUACUCCGUAAAAAUGAACACUUUUUGAUUUUUCUUGUAAAUUUGAAGUUAUUUUGUUUCUUACAAUAAUACUUGUUGAGUGUGGUGAAAAAGAUUUGAGACUGUUCCAAGAAUCCAAGUUUGUAUGUACAAGUUUCUUACUACACA